AUGGCGGGGCGGAGCCCAUUGUCCACCCCGCCGGGCCCCCUGCAAAGCCCCCUCGCCCGCCGUGCAGUUGCUAAGGCUGCCCUGAAUGGUGGCAUCCGUCAAGACGUCAAGGGGGAGGCCCACCAUUCCGUAUCCCCCUUCCCGACAGAGUCCAUUGUCAUUGCCGGAGUCGAACUUUGUGCUGCCUGGCCCACGGCUUCUGAGGACUGCCUGGCCCACCCUUCGGAGCUGGCCUUCCUCCUGGAGCCUAGCGACGUGAUCGCCGUCCGGGAUCGCCCACUUCUCUUGCACUGCCAAGUGGAAGGCGAGGCACCUAUCACUAUUGCCUGGUCCCGAAACGGGGCACUGCUCUCCAAUGACAGCCACACGGCCAUCUUGCCCAAUGGCUCCCUGCGCCUGGAGAGUGUGCACCGGCGGCCACGGGGAGGCGGAGCAGCAGACGGCAACGCCACAAGCGACUCCAGCGCUGGAGAGUACAGCUGCGCUGCCCAGAACCGCUAUGGUUUGUUGGUCAGCCGCAAGGCCAGAGUGCAGAUCGCCACCUUGUCCAAAUUCCACAUGCACCCGGAAUCCAUGGCGGUAGAAGAGGGAGGCGUUGCCCGGUUCCAGUGCUUCAUCCAGGGGGUCCCUGAAGCCACAAUAACCUGGGAGCGCAAUCGCACGGCCUUGUUGACGGAGGACUAUCGCUUCACCUUGCUGCCCACUGGCAUCCUGCAGAUUACGGGUGUGAGGCGUUCCGACUUGGGCACGUAUCGCUGUGUGGCCAACAACAUCGCCAACACCCGCUAUAGCCAGGAAGCCACGCUGAGCAUUAGUGGUGAGUUGUCAGUCGCCAAACUCUACAAGGAGCCGGUCAUCCUCUCCGGCCCCCAGAACCUGACCAUCACGGUACAUCAGACGGCCAUCUUGGAAUGCAUUGCCACCGGCCACCCUCGGCCUAUCGUGUCUUGGAGUCGCCUGGACGGGCGUUCCAUCGGUGUGGAAGGGAUCCAGGUCCUGGGAACCGGGAACCUUAUGAUCUCGGACGUGUCCGUGAAACACGCUGGCGUUUAUGUCUGUGCUGCCAAUCGGCCCGGAACCCGGGUGCGCCGUACGGCGCAAGGUAUCCUCAUGGUGCAAGCCCCACCUGAGUUUGUGCAAUGGCCCCAGUCCGUCUCCAAGCCUCCGGGCAGCAGCGCCAUCUUCACCUGCGUGGCGCAAGGUGUGCCGGAGCCCCACCUGAUCUGGCUGAAGAACGGUAAAGUCCUGGCGCCCGGCGAAAACAUCAAGCUCACUCACAACAACAGCACCCUGAUGAUCCAACGGAUUAGCUCGGCGGACGAAGCCAUCUACCAGUGCAUCGCUGAGAACAGUGCUGGUACCAACCAGGCGAGCGCCCGGCUGGCUGUGGCUCUCUCCAAGGAGCUGCCCAGCUCCCCUGAUGGUGUCCAGGCCACUGCCCUCUCCACCACCUCCAUCCAGGUGUCUUGGCUCGAGCCCCCCAUGGAAGUGACGGAGGCCAUCAUCGGAUAUGUGCUUCACAUCCGCAAGGCAGGAGAGUCCGACAGCCGGGAGCUGCAGGAGGCCGUCAGCAAGACCACCUUCCAGCACGUCUUCACCAACCUCGAGCCCUCCACGACGUACUCUAUCUACCUGAAGGCCUAUUCGCCGCUGGGCGCGAGUCAGGAUUCGCAGCCCAUCAUGGCCACCACCCUGGGCAGCAUCCCCGCAGCACUGGGCUUUUUCACCAAGAUCCUCAACGCCAGCUCCGUCUACGUCUUUUGGGAACUGCCUGCCAGGCCGGGCCGCAUCGAAGGCUUCAAACUCUACCUCCGGAAGCUGCCCAGCGCUCACUACGAGGGGCCGCAGCUGUUGCCCGGCACGGCCAACUCUUUCACCUACAGCAACUUGGAGCCGUUGGCCAUGUACGAGAUCAAGCUCCAGGCCUUCAACGGGAACGGCGACGGGAACAGCAGUGUGCGAUUUGUCUCCCUCAAGGAGAACUCUGAGAGGCUGGAUGCCAACUCGGUGUGCCAGUGUGGGCAGGACGGGGAGAGCUCCCUCGCUGGCAUCGUGGUCGGUGUCCACAUCGGUAUGGCGUGCAUUAUAUUCUGCGUCCUCUUCCUUAUGUUCGGCUACCGCAAGAGGUGA